AUGCCGCCACGAAUCCAGCGCUUCCGCAUCCGCCUUCCCCAGUACCAAUUUGACGUCAAGUACGUUCCUGGAAAACAGCUGGGCACUGCCGAUGCAAUCUCUAGGGAGCCACUCGUCCAGCUGCCAGCGACUCCAGCUGUUGAUAAGGUGGAGCUGUACGUUCAAGAAGCACUCCGUGCUAUCCGUCCCACAUUUGCAGUCCUCCUCGAAGACUUCCGAGCUCACCAGGCUGCACAUGGGGAGUGCGCACAGCUCACGUCGUACUGUGAGCAAGGGUGGCCUAGGAAACAGAAUAUGCCUCUCAGCAUGGCUCCGUUCUGGGCUCAUCGGGCCGAAUUCAGUAUCGGUGACGGCCUUCUCCUCUGCGGUGGCCGCCUGCUGGUGCCGGCUUCUCUGCCGAAGCACGUCCUUUUCCUCAUCCAUGACGGACACAUCGGAUUGAACCGCUGCCGUGCCAUCACGGGGGGAGCUGUCUGGUGGCCAACCACGGGGACCCAGAUCAAGAGCAUGGUGGAGAACUGUCCCAACUGUGUGCCACAGCGAGGGGCCAGCGAGCAGAGCCACUGCUACCUACUGUGA